AUGAAGUUCACAGUCGUCGCGACAUCUCUGUUCUGUGCCGUUCUCGCCCUUGCGCAGACCCCUGGGUUCACAAUCAACACUCCUACGAACCCUGUACAAUGCCAGCCUUUGCUCAUCUCUUGGGUUGGUGGCCAAGGACCCUUCUUCUUGGUAAGCAAUCGUCGUUACGGAAGCGCGGCUUUCUCUCUGAUCAAUUUUGCGCUUCGUUUUUGUGUACACAAUGGUGACGACCCUUCGGGCCCCGCCAUUGCUGACCUUGGCGAGCAGCCUGCUGGCGCAACGUCAUUCUCCUGGCAACGCGUGACUUUCCAAGCCAAUACCCGUCUUGGUUUCUCACUCCGUGACCAGACCGGUGCCACCGCGCAAUCCGCAGCAGUCACUGUCCAAGCUGGUCCCGAUAACAGCUGCUUGAACGGCGGUUCCUCGAGCUCUGGCUCUGAUUCCGCUUCCGGUACAACCAGCACUUCCGCUGCCGCCCCUGGCACGACCUCUUCGGCCCCUGCCGCUCCUACCACAACCGCUCCUGGAGCCUCUUCCACAACCGCUGCGGUUACUUCGGGAGCAAGUACUUCGGUUCCACGAACAAGCUCUGUCACUAGCUCCGGCACGGCCGCGCCCGCCCAGACAAGUAACGCUGCGUCUGCCCAAGUUGCGCAGAUUGGCGCUGCUGGCCUUGUCGGCGCUGCCCUCGUCGCCAUCCUUGCUUAA